AUGUCGAAUCCAACAGAAGGACAGGAGGUUAGGAAGCCAGAGGCCAUCAAGAUAUUGAGCCUGAUCAAGGGGGAAGAAAGAUCGAAUAUAGGAGUGAUAGCACUUCGAGCUGUCCGAAGCAAGAUAGUAGGAGCGGCGGACAAGGUCCUAGAUUUGGACGAGGCAGAGUUGAAUUGGGAUCAGAUCAAGAGAAUAUUAGUCUCCCAUUUUAAAGACAAGAGAUCGGAGCAAGAUUUGAUAAUGGAACUGACCCAUAUCAAGAAAAAGAAGCUGGACGUAGAAGCCCUUUACACUAGGGUUAUGACUCUAAAGAAAGCCCUAGUGAGUUUAACCAAAACAGGCGAAAACAGCAUAAUGCUGAGGAGCGAGAAAAUUAAAUGGUAUGAGGAAAUGGUGCUCAACGCUUUUAUUUCGGCCUUAAAGGGACCGAUAGGAGUAACCAUAAGAAACAUGGGAGUUCCGAAUAUAGCUAAAGCUUAUGAGAUAGCUUGUAGGGAAGAAAAGUUAGCUUCCUUAGAAGUUAAUGGUCCGGGACCCAUAACUCAGGGGACGGUAGAGUCGGGAGACAAGGUCAAGAAAGAAACUCAGAAACAGGAGCAGGAGAAGGAAGAACCCCGGGUGUUGGAGGCCCACAGGGAGACAGGCAUUUGGUCUCAGUACCAGUGGGGGGGAAACAACCCUCCUCCGUUUCCAAUGCCAUUUGCCAUGCCCAGUAUGAAUGGAUGGCCAGGUUUCGGAAUCCCUUAUCCGAUGAUGGGUAAUCCAUUCAGGGCAGAGAAUUUUAACCAAGGGGAUACUUCAAACUAUCAAGGUCCUUAUCGCAGUUAUCAGAACAGGAACUCCAGAUGGAGUCAGAACCAAGCAAACCGGGAUAGACAGUGGAACGGUUACAACAGUAACAAGUACAAUAACAAUUAUAAUAAUAGAAAUAACUACAACGGUUAUAAUAGUAACAAUUAUAACAACUCCAAUUAUAACAAUGGGUAUAACAGCACUGGUUAUGGAAAUAACGAUGGCAGGGGACAGUUAGCGAUCGAACCACAAUCAAACACGGAAGGCAGCGGCCAGUCCAGGAUGUCCAGGAAUUCCAACAAUUCGGGACAGUCCAGGCAGUCGUAUAACUCAAACAAUUCUAAGAGGUCAUUUAAUUCAACUGGCACUGCGGAUAGGAACGACAGUAGAGCCUCGGUCAGUCCCAGUUACAUAACAUUCAGGAGGAUGACGGAAAUUUUCCACAGUCAGCCUCGAACAAUCCACAGGAUAUUUAGCACCUAG